UAGUUUUCACUCCUCUCAGAGAGGAACAAAGUAGCCGAAUGUGUAAAAGCGUGAGAAUGGAUUCCUGAAAAUAAAAAGGACUAACUUCUUUUUUUAUUUUAUUUAUUUAAAGUCGUUCGACUUUUUGAAAGUAAAACCGGAAGAAAACGAAACGACCGAAGUGGCAUGGAUUGGCUUUUCACGUUUCUCGCCCUGUUCUUGUUUGCGAAUAUAAGAGCUGGGGCUCAGUUCGCUGCGGGAGGCUGCAAUUUUGAUGAUGGCCCCGCGCAAUGUGAUUAUCAGCAAGAUCCAUAUGAUGACUUUGACUGGACGCAUGUCAGUGCACAGGAAGCUCCCUAUCUACCGAGUGACCUGCCACAAGGAUCUUAUAUGAUGGUUGACUCUUCACAACAUGACUCUGGAGAAAAAGCACGUAUCCAGCUUCCUGUUAUGAAAGAAAAUGACACUCACUGUAUUGACUUCAACUACUUAUUGUACACAAAAGAUGGCUUAAGCCCAGGAACAUUAAACAUCUUGGUAAAGGUAAACAAAGGACCUCUUGCUAAUCCCAUCUGGAAUGUGACUGGUUACACAGGCAAAGAAUGGCUUCGAGCGGAGUUGGCAGUUAGUACUUUCUGGCCUAAUGAAUAUCAGGUUAUUUUUGAAGCUGUCUCAGUUGGAAAGUCAGGGUACAUUGCAAUUGAUGACAUCCAGGUUCUGAGCUAUCCAUGUGAUAAAUCCCCUCACUUUUUGAGACUUGGUGAUGUGGAAGUCAAUGCAGGCCAAAAUGCUACUUUUCAGUGUAUUGCUACAGGGAGGGAUGCAGUGAACAAUAAACUCUGGCUACAGAGGCGGAAUGGGGAAGAUAUUCCUGUUUCACAGACAAAGAACAUCAACCAUAGGAGGUUUGCAGCAUCCUUCAGGUUACGGGAAGUGACUAAUCUAGACCAGGAUUUGUACCGCUGUGUGACACAGUCUGAAAGAGGCUCAGGAGUAUCCAAUUUUGCCGAGCUGAUUGUUCGAGAGCCUCCUCGACCUAUAGCUCCUCCUCAGCUGCUUGGUGUUGGUCCUACAUAUCUUCUAAUUCAGCUAAAUGCCAAUUCAAUAUUUGGUGAUGGACCUAUCAUUCUGAAAGAAGUAGAAUAUCGCAUGACAUCAGGAUCUUGGACCGAAACACAUGCAGUUAAUGCUCCAACCUACAAACUCUGGCAUUUGGACCCUGAUACAGAGUAUGAGAUUAGAGUGUUGCUGACAAGACCUGGUGAAGGUGGUACAGGACAACCAGGACCUCCACUUAUUACAAGGACCAAAUGUGCUGAACCAAUGAGAACUCCUAAAAGUUUGAAGAUUGCAGAGACACAGGCGAGAUUCAUUGCAGUGGACUGGGAGUCUUUGGGCUACAACAUUACCCGCUGCCAUACAUUCAAUGUUACCAUUUGCUACCACUACUUUCACAACAAUAAUGAGAGCAAGGCUGAUUGUCUGGAUAUGGACCCUAAAGCUCCCCGUCAUGUUGUUGGGAAUCUACCCCCUUAUACAAAUGUGAGCCUUAAAAUGAUCCUUACAAAUCCUGAAGGAAGAAAAGAGAGUGAUGAGGUGGUUAUUCAGACAGAUGAAGAUGUGCCUGGACCUGUUCCCAGUGAGUCAAUGAAAGCAACGCCAUUUGAAGAUAAAAUCUUUCUUCACUGGAAGGAGCCUUUGGAGCCAAAUGGUAUCAUCACUCAGUAUGAGAUCAGCUACACUAGUAUUCGAUCGUUUGAUCCUUCUCUCCAUGUUGCUGGGCCUGCAGUAACUGUUUCGUUGCCAUGGAACAGUACACAUCAUAUUUUCUCUCAGUUGCAUCCUGGAACCACAUAUCAGUUUAUAAUUCGAGCCAGCACUGUGAAAGGUUUUGGACCUCCAACAGUCCUAAAUGUGACAACCAAUAUAUCAGCCCCAACUUUGCCAGACUAUGAUGGGUUUGAUGCUUUUUUGAAUGAAACCUCUACUACCAUCACUGUAAUGCUAAAACCUGCUCAGGCCAAAGGUGCUCCUAUCAGUGCUUAUCAGAUUGUUGUUGAAGAACUGAAUCCUCACAGGGGCAAGAGAGAGGCAAGUUCAAUGGACUGCUACCAAGUACCAGUCACUUAUCAGAGUGCGUCAAGUGCUGGUUCACCAUAUUAUUUUGCUGCUGAGCUGCCACCUGGAAAUUUACCUGAACAGGCUCCUUUUACAGUUGGGGACAACAAAACUUACCAUGGCUUUUGGAAUCCACCUCUAGCUCCAAGAAAAAAUUAUAACAUUUAUUUCCAGGCUGUGAGCAGUGUUGAAAAGGAAACAAAAACUCAGUGUGUAAGACUUGCAACAAAAGCAGCAGCUACAGAAGAACCUGAAGUGAUACCAGACCCUGCUAAGCAGACUGACAGAGUGGUGAAAAUUGCUGGCAUCAGUGCAGGAAUUCUGGUUUUUAUUCUUCUCCUGCUUGUUGUAAUUCUUGCUGUCAAAAAGAGGAGGAGCUACUAUUCUUAUUCAUAUUACCUCAAACUUGCCAAGAAGCGGAAGGAUGCAAUAGGAAAUACUCGCCAAGAGAUGACUCACAUGGUCAAUGCAAUGGACAGAAGUUAUGCUGAUCAGAGUACCUUGCAUGCUGAAGAUCCCUUGUCUAUCACUUUCAUGGAUUCUCAUAAUUUUAGCAAUAGAUUGCCCAAUGAUCCACUUGUACCAACUGCUGUUUUAGUGCCAAUAACGGAUGAAAAUCACACUGCAGCAGCCGAGUCUAGCAGGCUACUAGAUGUGCCACGCUAUCACUGUGAAGGCACCGAAUCUCCAUAUCAGACUGGACAGCUACAUCCUGCAAUUCGGGUGGCAGAUUUGCUUCAACACAUAAAUUUGAUGAAAACCUCUGACAGUUAUGGAUUUAAAGAAGAAUAUGAGAGUUUUUUUGAAGGACAGUCAUCAUCUUGGGAUGUAGCAAAAAAGGAGCAAAACAGAACAAAGAAUCGAUAUGGCAACAUAAUUGCAUAUGAUCAUUCAAGAGUUAUUCUGCAGCCAAUGGAAGAUGAUCCUUCAUCUGAUUAUAUAAAUGCCAAUUAUAUAGAUAUAUGGCUAUACAGGGAUGGGUAUCAAAGGCCCAGCCACUAUAUUGCUACUCAAGGUCCUGUACAUGAGACAGUGUAUGAUUUUUGGAGGAUGAUUUGGCAGGAGCAGUCUGCUUGUGUUGUAAUGGUAACAAACCUUGUGGAGGUUGGAAGGGUGAAGUGUUACAAGUAUUGGCCAGAUGAUGCUGAAGUUUAUGGAGAUUUCAAAGUUACAUUUGUUGAAGUGGAGCCUCUUGCAGAGUAUGUUGUCAGGACAUUCACAUUAGAAAGGAGAGGCUUCAAUGAACUGCGUGAAGUAAAGCAGUUCCACUUUACUGGCUGGCCUGAUCAUGGUGUCCCUUAUCAUGCAACUGGUUUGCUAUCAUUUAUUAGACGUGUAAAAAUGUCAAAUCCACCAAGUGCAGGCCCAAUUGUUGUCCAUUGCAGUGCUGGAGCUGGAAGAACGGGUUGCUACAUUGUCAUAGAUAUAAUGCUGGACAUGGCAGAAAGAGAAGGAGUUGUUGAUAUUUAUAACUGUGUCAAAGCGCUGCGUUCUCGACGCAUUAAUAUGGUUCAGACAGAGGAACAGUAUAUCUUCAUUCAUGAUGCAAUUCUUGAAGCAUGUUUGUGUGGUGAAACAGCUAUACCUGCCUGUGAAUUCAAAGCUGCCUAUUAUGACAUGAUUAGGAUAGACUCCCAAAGCAACUCUUCUCAUUUAAAAGAUGAAUUCCAGACACUUAACUCAGUAACCCCGCAACCACAACCAGAAGACUGCAGUAUUGCUCUGCUUCCCAGGAACCACGAUAAGAAUCGCUUCAUGGAUAUGUUACCACCAGAUAGAUGUCUGCCUUUCCUAAUUACCAUUGAUGGAGAAAGUAGCAAUUAUAUAAAUGCUGCCCUUAUGGAUAGCUAUCGACAACCUGCUGCAUUUAUUGUUACUCAGCAUCCUCUUCCCAACACAGUCAAGGACUUUUGGAGACUUGUAUAUGAUUAUGGCUGCACUUCUCUAGUGAUGCUAAAUGAGAUUGAUCUAGCACAGGGAUGUCCACAAUAUUGGCCAGAAGAAGGCAUUUUUCGCUAUGGACCUAUACAAGUUGAAUGUAUGUCUUGCUCUAUGGACUGUGAUGUGAUUAGCAGGCUUUUUAGAAUAUGCAAUUUGACUAGGCCACAAGAGGGUUACCUCAUGGUAAGACAGUUUCAGUACCUUGGAUGGGCCUCUCACCGUGAAGUCCCAGCUUCCAAGCGAUCCUUCUUGAAACUUAUUCUCCAAGUUGAUAAAUGGCAAGAAGAAUGUGAAGAAGGGGAAGGUCGCACUAUAAUUCAUUGCCUAAAUGGAGGAGGUCGCAGUGGAAUGUUCUGUGCCAUCAGUAUUGUAUGUGAAAUGAUUAAGCGUCAGAAUGUGGUUGAUGUUUUCCAUGCUGUCAAAAGCCUCCGUAACAGCAAGUCAAACAUGGUUGAAAGUCCGGAGCAGUACCGUUUCUGUUAUGACUUGGCCCUGGAGUAUUUAGAAUCAUCCUAAUUUGAGGAGAUGUUUGAAAGAGUGAAAGCAUUGGAUAUGUAUAAGAAUAUGGAUUACAAGAAGACUGAAGAAUGAGGGAGGCCGUUCCUGAAAUGGACCUUCGCUUUAAAACAUUAGAUAUUCAUUCUUAAUAUGCUGGGAAUUAUAAUGUAAUUCAUCUGUAAAUGUCUAUACAUUGUAUCAAGCAGUGUUCAGUGCCACAUGAUUAAAACCCUGCUAAGGGUGGUAUUUGCUUUGCUAUGGUUUAAAUUUAUUUUUUUAUGUGCAGCCAUUGUAAAAGACAACACUAAAGCCAAAUUGUUGCAUGGGUAAAAUAUGUUUUCUAUGUUAUUGUUGGUUUAUUUUUUUAAAACAAUGGAGGUAACACAAAAUGAGAACUAUUCAUUGUAAAUGUGUUUAAAAAAAUCUGCAAUGUAACAUUGGCAUAAUAACAUUUGUAAUGUGCAAUGAUGGCUGAUUCAUAUUUUUUUUGUAGCAAAUCUGAAUCAUAAGCCAAAGACUUUGUGUAAAUAUGUCUAUAUGGACAAAGCACAUUGUAUUUAUUGCUUGUUCACAUUCCCUUUUGAAGGCUGGAGAAACAAUCCUUUGUAAUUUUACGUUUGCUUAUUUGUAUUGAAUUUUUUAUUUGCUGUAAUGGAAAAAAUGUUAACAUUUUAUGUAGUUUAUUUUUUGUAUGACAGCAUAGCAGGUACAGUCUCCAAGGGUUUAUACCUGCACAGCUUGUUACUGUGGUUUGAUUUUAUGUAAAUGCUUUUGACCUUAAGCCUUGCAGAUAUAAUUCUAGGAAGGACACUUGUGCCUCUCUUCCAUCCAAAUGUCGUUUUUCAUACAGACAUCUAUGUGGUCUGAACAAAUAAAAUUCAUAUGCAGUAUGUUCACAGUGUUCAAAUCCAGCUUGUUCCAGGCUUGUUUGAAUUAUGCUAUUUCAUAAGAACAAAUAGACAGCCAAAUUUACUUGAAAGGUAUUGAUGAGCAUUUGCAUAUAUGGAGUAUGUAGAGAGAAACCAUGUUGUUAAAUGUGCUGUUCCAGUUAUGUUUAUUUUGAUGUUGAUCCCUGUUGGCUUUUGACUGUAUCAAAAAAUUUUGAAUAAAAAAAUUUGAAUUUUGA